UUCUACAUUGAUUAUUUAUUUUGACAGAAUGAAAGUAAAGUAAAGCCACUCAACUUCAAGGAUGUGGUCAUUGUGGGUUAAAGAAAAGGCAGCUAUGACUUUUGAGCUGUUUUAUUUGACGAUUAUGAAUAUUUGCUCUUUUCCAACACGCUUGAGAAGUUUAACUUAUAAAGCAAAGAUAUGGUUUGCAAUUACGUGUACAUGUCUUAGUGUUGUGGGAAUAAAUACUUGCAUGUCUUAUGUUUUGGAUGGUUUUGCAAAGACCGACACUUUAUUUGAAGAACAGUCAAUUAAGCUGUGGUUACAAGAAAAUAAUCAUCAAAAUAUAACACCAAUAUUUCAAUCAACAGGUAAUGGUAAUGAUGAAUUGUCAUCAGUAAAUUUGGACUUUAUUAACACAUUAGAAACAAUACCUCAUGAAGUAAAACAUAAGCUUAAAAACGCCAUUCAGUUUGCUCAAGAAAUGAAGAUACUUAACCUUUGGCUGAAUGUGGAAUACAGUAUUCCUGUAUCUGUGAUAGAAAGAUUGAAUAAUAUGGGGAUAAAGUCUGUUUCUGCACUGAGCAAACUUUCUGAAAAUGAUCAAAAUGACGUUCAGACUAUAGAAAAGAUAGUUGAUGGUGACAUACCAGUUUAUGCUUAUAUGCUGAAGGCAAUAAAGGCAGCAAAAACCAUUAAAACUGAUCUGCUGAUGAUAGACUAUUACCAGUCUGCAAGGAAAACUCCAGGAUAUUCUUUUGUUUUCAAAAUACUCUUUUUGAUUGCUACUGUUUUCAUUGGAGGUUUUAUCCUUUGUUUUAUAAUGGUAGUGGAUUGCAUUGCAAGAGCUAUAAGUCCAACAAUUCGCAGAUCACAUCAAAUCCAUAAUCAGAUUCCUCAGAUUCCACGUACAGGUAUUCCACGAUUAUCACCAGGUAACAACGGCAAAGGGUGGUUUUGGAAUUGGCUUGUUGGAUCGUACAUAUCUACACAGAACUGCAGUGUUACUUGGGGCUGGGAGGAACCACAAGUUGUUGGAAACACAAUGUCAUUUGUAAUACAGUUGAGCCAAAAGAAUGGUAAAUCAUAUAAAAUAACGGAUGUCAGUAACGUAAAUAUAGAGAUACUUCACAGAGGAGAGAAGAUGUCGUGUACCAAAACCUUAGUAAAAGACAAUGCUAGUAGUGUUUCCGUGUCUUUUACCGUACAUAAAGCUGGGCCGUAUAAAAUACAUGUUAUGGUCCAUGGUAAACAUAUAAAAGGAAGUCCAUUUAUCAAAGUAUUUGAAGCAGGUUCUAUAGAUGCCACUAAGACAGGAUUUACUAAUUAUUGCUCAACAAUAGUUUGUACUGUUGGUCAGUCCUACCCAUUAGUUAUAGAAACAAGGGACUGUUAUGACAACCCAGCAAUGUUUAAAACAGAUACUAAAAAUUAUUUUAAAUUCAAAGUUUAUGAGUCAGAGACUAAUGAACGAUAUGUACCUACAACACAAAUUAUACACAAUGCUGACAGUAAACAACUUACUAUGCAUAUAAAGAUGGAAAAUGAAGGCUGUUAUCAAGCUGCUGUGUCUUAUGGUGAUGUUAAACUCAGGAAUGGGGAUUUUAAUAUUCUAGUCAUAAGUGAUGAGGAUUUGGAAGUUGUUAAUAAAACAACAUCUAAAAAAAGUCAUAAUUUAUGGUAUGAAGCUCGUCUUUUAUCUGAUACUGCUGACUCAGCCGAAAAGGCAAAAAGAGUGUACGUGUAUAUAUCUCCAAAGCAAUUAACCAUAAAAGAAUAUUUUUUAAAAAUUAUUGGAAAGAAACUGCAUACUUGGCGAGUUUGUCCUUCAACUAAGUUUUCAUUUAUUGGAUAUAAUAAAAGAUAUGAUGCUCCUGUAAUGAAAAUAUAUGGAUGUUCACAGUUACCAGUGAUGUUAGCCACCAAAGAUAGAAAUAUUAUAGCAGCUACAUUUACAAAUUUUCUCCUUAGAAAUAUUGGUGGAUCAGAAACUUUUCAAGAUAAAAGAAUAUUUUUUCUUCAAGAAGUGAAAAAAUCAACAAAAAAAGGAAAUGUCACUCUCAAAAUUGACAGAGCCAAUUUAAUUCAAAGUUCCUAUAAAGCAUCAAAGAGUUUAUAUGCCUCAGAUUGGUUUAAAAUGUUUAAUAUAGAGUUUGUAAAUGAAUUGGGUUUAGAUUGGGGAGGUUUGAGAAGAGAAUGGAUACAAGUAUUAAGUACAGAAUUAUUUGAUCCCGAUAGAGCUGGAUUGUUUACCAGAUUUACAGACAAUGCUCAGGGAUUAAUCCAUCCACGUCCCAAUACUGGUGUCAAAUUAAAAUUAUAUGAGUUAGCGGGUAAACUUGUUGGUAAAUGUUUACUUGACAGUUCUCUAGGGAGUUCAUCUCAGCUUUAUAUAAAAGCUAACUUUUCCAGGUCUUUUCUAGCACAGAUCAUUGGACUUCAGGUUAAUUAUAAGUAUUUUGAAACAGAUGACCCAGAUUUAUAUAAAACCAAGAUAAAGUUUAUAGAAGAUAAUAGUAUAGAAGAUAUGGAUUUAACAUUUAGUGAAGAUGAAUAUGUGGAUGGACAGCUUGUGAGGACUGUUGAUCUUGUUCAAAAUGGUUCAAAGAUGAAUGUAACAGAUGAUAAUAAAUUGUAUUACCUGAACUGCCUUGCUCAAUAUAAACUGGUAUCUGGUGUGAAGGAAGAAGUAGAAAGUUUUUUAAAGGGACUUAAUGCAAUGAUUCCUGAUAAUCUACUUAGCAUCUUUGAUGAAAAUGAACUUGAGCUAUUAAUGUGUGGUACAGAUAAUUACAGCUUUAAUGAUUUUAAACAGAAUGCAGUCAUAUCAGGAGAUUUUGCAGGUAGUAAGUUAUUGGAAUGGUUUUGGGCAAUUGUUGCUAGCUUUACAGAUGAACAGAUGGCUAGACUAUUACAAUUUACAACAGGCAGCUCUCAGUUACCACCAGGAGGAUUUAAAGACCUAGAUCCUAACUUUACAAUCUCAUUUACAUCCUACUCCACAAACAGUUUACCCACAGCACAUACAUGUUUUAACCAGUUAUGUCUCCCUUCAUAUACUUCAAUGGAACAGAUGCACAAAUGUAUGAUUACAGCGAUCACUGAGGGCUUCCAAGGAUUUGGAUUUGCCUGAUUUUCUAUAAUUAUUCAAAAGUACUAAUGCUGUAAAAAUGUAAGCCUAAAGCUGCACCAUCAUGAUAUAAGUUCUUCCAAUGUUUGACUAACAACUUUAUUGAAAUGGUCCUCUCUUCUGAACACUAUUUUUGAAAGAGUAAAUGACAUAUGAAGAAGGUUUUACAGAGUUUUGAUUUAUCAUUUCUUUAUAUGGAAACAUAUCUUUUUCUCUGACAAAAAUUGAAAUGGCAAUGUGAUUUUACUGACAUUUAUUUCUUUGUGGAUAUCAACUCUCAAUCUGGAAAUAAUCCUAGACAUGUUAGCAAAGAUAGUUGGACCAUAUACAUGUUUUUGUUUUUUUUAACAAAGUGUAUAUCCAAAUAAUUCAAGUUGCUGUAAGAUGGUAAAAAUGGUUGAACUUUUUGUACACCAUCAACCAUACAUUUAUUCAUAAAUUCACAAAUUUUCUUGCAUUUAACCACUUUUGUUUUUAGCUCACCUGGCCUAAAAGGCCAAGUGAGCUUUUCUCAUCACUUGGCAUCUGUCGUCCGUCCUCCUUCGUCCAGAGUUAACUUUUACAAAAAUGUUCUCCUCUGAAACUAUCAGGCCAAAUUGAACCAAACUUAGCCACAAUCAUCAUUGAUGUAUCUAGUUUAAAAUUUGUGUUUUUUGACCCGGCCAACCAACCAAGAUGGCCGCCAUGGCUAAAAAUAGAACAUAGGGGUAGAAUGCAGUUUUUGGCUUAUAACUCAAAAACCAAAUCAUUUAGAGCAAAUCUGACAUGGGGGUAAAAUUGUUUAUCAGGUCAAGAUCUAUCUGCCCUGAAAUUUUCAGAUGAAUCAGACAACCCAUUGUUGGGUUGCUGCCCCUAAAUAGGUAAUUUUAAGGAAAUUUUACUGUUUUUGGUUAUUAUCUUGAAAAUUAUUAUAGAUGUAGAUAAACUGUAAACAGCAAUAAUGUUCAGCAAAGUAAGAUUUACAAAUAAGUCAACAUGACCAAAAUGGUCAAUUGACCCCUUUAAGAGUUAUUCCCCUUUAUAGUCAAUUUUUAACCAUUUUUCGUUAAUCUCCAUGAUUUUUACAAAAUUUUUCUCUCUCUAAAACUACUGAGCCAAAUUAAACCAAACUUGGCCACAAUCAUCAUUGAUGUAUCUAGUUUAAAAUUGUGUUUUUUGACCCGGCCAACCAACCAAGAUGGCCGUCAUGGCUAAAAAUAGAACAUAGGGGUAAAAUGCAGUUUUUGGCUUAUCACUCAAAAAACCAAAGCAUUUAGAGCUAAUCUGACAUGGGUAAAAUUGUUUAUCAGGUCAAGAUCUAUCUGCCCUGAAAUUUUCAGAUGAAUCAGACAACCCAUUGUUGGGUUGCUGCCCCUAAAAUGGUAAUUUUAAGGAAAUUUUACUGUUUUUGGUUAUUAUCUGGAAAAUUAUUAUAGAUGGAGAUAAACUGUAACAGCAAUAAUGUUCAGCAAAGUAAGAUUUACAAAUAAGUCAGCAUGACCAAAAUGGUCAGUUGACCCCUUUAGGAGUUAUUGCCCUUCAUAGUCAAUUUUUAACCAUUUUUUCGUUAAUCUCCAUGAUCUUUUACAAAAAUUUUCUCCUCUAAAACUACUGAGCCAAAUUAAACCAAACUUGGCCACAAUCAUCAUUGAUGUAUCUUGUUUAAAAAUUGUGUUUUUAGACCCGGCCAACCAACCAAGAUGGCUGCCAUGGCUAAAAAUAGAGCAUAGGGGUAGAAUGCAGUUUUUGGCUUAUAACUCAAAAACCAAAGCAUUUAGAGCUAAUCUGACAAGAGGUAAAAUUGUUAAUCAAGUCAAGAUCUAUUUGCCCAGAAAUUUUCAGAUGAAUCAGACAACCCAUUGUUGGGUUGCUGCCACUAAAUUGGUAAUUUUAUGGAAAUUUUACUGUUUUUGAAUAUUAUCUUAAAUAUUAUUAUAGAUGGAGAUAAACUGUAAACAGCAAUAAUGUUCAGCAAAGUAAGAUUUUCAAAUAAGUCAACAUGACCAAAAUGGUCAGUUGACCCCUUUAGGAGUUAUUGCCCUUUAUAGUCAAUUUUUAACCAUUUUUCCUAAAUCUACAUGAUCUUUUACAAAAAUUUUCUCCUCUGAAACUACCGGGCCAAAUUAAUCCAAACUUUGCCACAAUCAUCUUUGGGGUAUUAAGUUUAAAAAAUGUGUCCAGUGACCCAGCAUCAAACCAAGAUGGCCACCACCGCUUAAAAUAGAACAUGGAGGUUAAAUGCAGUUUUUGGUUAUUACUCAAAAAGCAAAGCAUUUAGAGCAAAUCUGACAUGGGGUAAAAUUGUUUAUCUGGUCAAGAUCCAUCUGCCCGGAAAUUUAAAGAUGAAUGGGACAAUCCGUUGUUGGGUUGCUGCCCCUGAAUUGGUAAUUUUAAGGCAAUUUUGCUGUUUUUGGAUAUUAUCUUGAAUAUUAUUAUGGAUAGAGAUAAACUGUAAACAGCAAAAAUGUUCAGCAAAGUAAGAUUUACAAAUAAUGCAACAUAACCAAAAUGGUCAGUUGACCCCUUUAGGAGUUAUUGCCCUUUAUAGUCCAUUUUUAACCAUUUUUCGUAAAUCUUAGUUUACUUUUACAAAAAUCUUCUCUGAAACUACUGGGCCAAAUUUUACCAAACAUAGCCAGAAUCAUGAUUAGGCAAUUUAGUUUAAAAAUUGUGUUUUGUGACCGGGCAAACCAACCAAGAUGGCCGCUACGGCUAAAAAUUGAACAUAGGGGUAAAAUGCAGUUUUUGGCUUAUAUCUCAAAAACCAAAGCAUUUAGAGCAAAUCUGAUAUGGGGGUAAAAUUGUUUAUCAGGUCAAGAUCUAUCUGCCCUGAAAUUUUUAGAUGAAUGGGACAACUCGUUGUUAGGUUUCUGCCCCUAAAUUGGUAAUUUUAAGGAAAUUUUGCUGUUUUGGGUUAUUAUCUUGAUUAUUUUUACAGUUAGAGAUAAACUGUAAACAGCACUAAAAAUUGUGUUUUGUGACCGGGCAAAUCAACCAAGAUGGCCGCUACGGCUAAAAAUAGAACAUAGGGGUAAAAUGCAGUUUUUGGCUUAUAUCUCAAAAAGCAAAGCAUUUAGAGCAAAUCUGACAGAGGUAAAUUGUUACUCUGAUCAAGAUCUAUCUGCCCUGAAAUUUUCAGAUAAAUUGGAUAACUCGUUAGGUUUCUGCCCCUAAAUUGGUAAUUUUAAGGAAAUUUUGCUGUUAUGGGUUAUUAUCUUGAAUAUUAUUAUAGAUAGAGAUAAACUGUAAACAGCAAUAAUGUACAGCAAUUUAAGACUCAAAAAUAAGUCAAAAUGACCAAAAUGGUCAAUUGACCCCCUAAGAAGUUAUUGUCCUUUAUAAUCAAUUUUUAACAAAUUUCAUAAAAUUGGAAAUUUUUACUUACAUUUUCCACUGAAACUACACGGACAAGUUCAUUAUAGACAGAGAUAAUUGUAAGCAGCAAGAAUGUUCAGUAAAGUAAGAUGUAAAAACACAUCACAAUCACCUAAACACAAUUUUGUCAUGAAUCCAUCCUCUUCCUUUGUUUAAUAUUCACAUAUACCAAGGUGAGCGACACAGGCUCUUUAGAGCCUCUAGUUAUUUCAUGAACAGCGUUUUGAUCAGCUGUAAGGUAUUGAAAUCACUAUUGCUCAGAUGAAAAAAAAGAUUGAUUCAAGUUCAUGCUGAGAAAUUUGAGCUUCAAUAUCUGACUUAAGAAAGAAAAAAAAUUGAAUUGAACACUUGCUAGAAAAACAAUUCUUAACUCUGCUAUGUUACAGAGGGAAAUUAUUUUUAAAUGAAAGGUUAAUAUUUAUCUAUUCAAUUUUUUCAAAAAAUUAUUACAGAUACUCAUUUUAAAAUAUUUCAAUUACUUUAAAUUUUGACAUCACUUUCGUAUUUUCUCAAGCCAUCAAUGUAUUUAAUGUAUUCCACACCCUAUCAAGUGAAAGCUUUAUAUGAAUACAGGGCUGCAUGUGGUUGAAAAAUUUAUUUGUAAUUGUUCGAAGAUCUCAAUAACCAGUCUGUGAUACCGUAGUGUAAAUAGCUUUGUAAGUAGCUUUGUAAGCAAAUUUUUAUAUGGUAGAUUUUUAUUUUACUGUUAUUUAACUAAUCAGUCUGAAUAUCUUUGUGUAUUUUUUGUAUUUUUAUGAUGUUUUGAUAAGUUGGAAAAUUACAGCAUGUAUUAUUGAUCAACUGAUUCAAAUGAAAGAUAUAUUAAUGCAAUAGUUUUAGUUAAAACAAAUUUUAUUGUUCAAAAUGACAAAUGGAUUAGACACACAUUUUACAGCUUAGUAACGUCUUCUCCAAAACAACAAGAAAUAUACACAUUAAUUAUUGAACACAUCAAAUAUUUCAUGCUAACAAAUAAUUUAAAUGAACAGUAGACACUAAUUAUCUCUUCUUAUACUUUCUUUUCUAUAAAGAAAUCACUAAAACUUUAAUUAAACAAAAGCUAUUAAAAACUAAUAGCUUUUAAAAUAAAAUAAAAACUACUUAGUGUAACACAAGUAGAUCUACAUUACAUCUUCCAAGGUGAAUUUACAAUGGGAGUAACAUGACAUAUAUGAUUCGAAAUUUGUUUUAAUUUGAUCAUUGUUGCAAUUUAUUUAGAAAUUCCACCUGUAACAAAAAUUCACAUACAAAUCAGAUGAAGAAUAGAGUCCAGUGACAUUGAAGUCAUUUACAGCAAAGGCCACUUUAUAUUAUAAAAUUAGUUUUGCAUAUAUACAAUUUGGGUGAAGUUUGGUUUUGCUCAUUCUUACUUCUUUUCCAUUUUGGUUAUUUAACAGUUCAUUUAAUUUUAUUGGAAGAGCCUCUGUGACAAAAGACGCCGUGGUAGAACUUGGGUUAUCAACAUAUAGAAAUAUCCUUGUCAGAAGAGUGAUAAUUACAAUACCUACCAGUUGAUUAAAUGAUGAGCUAAAACUGUUAUUGAACCAUGGACAUAUAUAACUAUAGUUUAUUCCAUUACACAUAUGGUUCAUAAGAAUUCAUACUUUGGAAUGGCAAAAAGCAAUCUGGAGGCAUUCCAAUAACAAAUAGUAUUUCUCAAUAAAAUUCAACUUUAAUUACUGCACAUGUUGUCUUAUGAAAAAGUCACUACAAUGCAUAGCAAAACAAAGCAAAAUCUUGAUGUAACUAGUUAUUCUCGUACAUGUAGCAUAUAUAACUGUAAAUAUAAGAACUGAAUGCAUCUUUUUUAAAUUUUAAAGGAUUGCAAAAUUAUUUUUGGUUGCACAUUCUGUGCUUUGGUUAACAAUUUUACAUUCUAAUAAAAGUACAAAAAGAAUCAUUACAAACAUUUUUUUUUUAACUGAACAGUUGCAAGAAAAUUAAUUAAAAUUUCACAAAAUAUUCAUUUGUAUAUGGUUGAGGUUAUAACUGUAUAUAUAUAUAUUAUCCUAAAUGAGUCAUGAUUUAAUGUAUAUACCUUAUGCUUUAAAGAAAAUAUGUUAUCAUGUAAAUUGUUAUAUGUGAUAUGGUAUUUGCUGAAGUAUGUGUUCAUUGGUAGUUUGAUUUUGUUUGUUAAUUUUUCUAUUAUUUAUUAUUUUUUUAUUUAUUUUAAUAACCAUUUAAUCAUUAUAGAUAUAUAUGCCACAAUACUCCUUAUGUAGUCAAUAUAAUAAAUAGAAUGUAGUGUAUAUUAAUUUUGAACUUAAAUUGAAUCAGGAAUGGCAGGCAAUGAAAUUUGUUGAGGUUUUUUUUCUCAAUAUAAUGAUAACAAAUUUGUCUUAAAUUUAUUCAGAGUUCAUACUUUGCAUUUCUAUCUAUUAAAUGUUAAGAUAUGGCUGCAUUUCUAUCUUUAAAAUGUUAAGAUAUGGCAGCCUUUCUAUCUAUAAAAUGUUAAGAUAUGGCUGUCAAAGCUAGAAAUUAAAAUGCUUGUGUAUUGCAGUGUACAUUCAUUUAUUCAUUUCUAGAUCUUCCAUCACGUUUAAUGUGUGUCCUAAAGCAUGACAAAACCAAAAGUAUAGGGUUUUAGUUGUUAUUCUUCAAUUUAUAUCCAUUCACAUGUUUAAUUUAUUUUGUUUUCAUUGUUUUGUCAAGUACAUGUAUGAAUGUUGCUCUCUAACAAGUGCUUUUGAAAAAUGAAUCAGUCACUUUGAAUGAAUAUUAGUUUUACAUUGAUACAUCAGCUCUAAAUAAUAUGUUUUUUUCAAAUUUAUCCUUCUUUAAAUCAUGAAUAAAAAUACUUGUAUUUAAUACCUUCCAACUUGCCAUUUGAUAAGGGAUUUCCAAAAUGAAUGCUGUUGAGCUGAACAAUGAAAUCCUCCUAUUAUAAAAACUAACUGUGUGUUCAUGUUUUAUAUUUUUUAUCACUGUCUGUGUGUAUAUUUCGUUUAACAUGUGAUGUAAAGCGCUUUGAGUAAUAUUGUUUUAGAUUUAGCGCUAUAGAAAAAUUGUAAUAAUAAUAAUAAUAUACCUCAUAACAGGCAUUCAAAGCACACAACAAUGGCAUUUAAGCAUAUAUUUACUCAUUCAAGACCAUAGUAUAUUAGAUAUAGAAAAUAUGAAGUGUUUUAGAUCCUCAAUGCUCUUCAACUUUGUACUUGUUUGACUUUAAAACUAUUUUGAACCGAGUGUCACUGAUGAGUCUUAUGUUGAAUUAUAAUCAUAAUUAUAAUCCUGAUACCUUUGAUAACUAAUUAGAGAUGUCCUUUUGUGCUUUGGUCCCCUGUGUUUUUUAUAAGUUUGGCAUGACAGUUUUUUGUUAAACAUAUCUUUUUGGUGAUUUGAAAACAAAGAUAUAAAAAUCCAUUAAAUUAAAAAAAAAAUACCUGAAUUUAACAAACAUUUAUUCACACAGAAGUGACAUAUAUCACAACACCUGAUCAAUAUUUUAAUCCCACAGAAAGUGUAUUUUGUUAUAGAUUACAAAAUGGUAAAACAUGUUAAUCUAAUUCAAAAGUUUGGAAAAAAUCUCUACUGUUUUCUCAUGUUUAAUGGUAGAUUUAGUUUAUAUUAAACAGAAAAAUCAAUCACAACUGUGCAAUCAAUCACAGUUAUAUCAGUUAGAGUUUACAGAAAAUGAAAUUUAUUGUCAUCCAGAUACUAUAUAAAUAUAGCAGAUACUUGUAACAUUUGGUGUACUGUUAUUUUCUUCUAAAUUAUGAUAUUUAAUCAAAAUGUUACCAUAAUCAUGUUAUCUUGUUUUGUUUUUAUAAGUUAAGUUCUUUAUAAUAAAGAUCACUUUUUAACUUUU